GUCGCGCUGGUAAACCCGGUGACCUGCGAGAUGCUGACCCUCCCGCCGCUGCCGUGCGGCGACCAGCUCGGCGACCGACGCUCCUGCAGGUGGGACAAGGCGUACAGCUUCGCCUACCACCCGACGUCCGGGCGGUACAAGGUGGUGCACGUCCCCUGCAUCUUUGAGAGGGCCUACGACUUCGACGCCGUGCAGGUGCUCACGGUCGAGAAAGAGGCGACGUGGCGGGAGGUGCUGACCCCCGGCGGCGCGAGGUGCAACCUCAAAGCCGGCGUCGUCAGCGUCGACGGCACGACGUACUGGGUCACGAAGGGCGGCGCGGCUAGGGUGGUGUCUUUAAGCCUCGACGACGACGAGCGCGUCGCCGGCUUCGCGGGCUUCGCCUUGCCGUCGCCUGCUCUUUCCGCCGGCCCCGAUAACUACCACCUGGCGGAGGUGCGCGGGCGGCUGGGCGUCGUCGUCCACGAUCCCUUCGGGGGCACGACCGGGGUGUGGGUUCGAGGGGAGAAGGGGAGGUGGACUCGCCGGUGCGGCCUCUGGUCGCAAGACCCCACGCGGCCGCACUUCGUGCACGGCGAGCACGUCACCACGUUCCAAGGGUCGUCGUUGCGCGGCUAUUGUCGUCCCCAUGCGACGUUACGGUCAGCGACAAGGACCAGGGGACGCUGCUCGCCAAGGUCAAGGGCGGGGCUCGCCACUACCGGACGUUCGCCUACGUCGAGACGACGGAGCCAUUGGGUGCUUAUGGUGGCAAACCCCCAUCCAUGGCUUCUGCAACGGCGCUCCAAGGUGAGGGCUACCUCGAACGCCAGUUAGGUGGUCUGCAAGCUCCGUGGGCUGUGUUCGUUCUGCUAUUCGACUUCUUUGUUCUGCUGCUCGCCUUCUUCAUCGCGUGUCUUCACAAAUAACAUCCCUUGGCCUUGACACCCGAUAUAGAAUCCUUGGUGCCCACGGGUGCCAAACUGGAACUAAUUAUUCAUAAUCUGAAAAUUGUAUAAACCUAGAGUUUCAAACUUUGAGUUGGAGUAUACAUGUUUGAGAGGCA